GCACCUGCUGCGACCGGGCGUCCGUGGUGUCAAGCUUCCUCAUCCAGCAAGUUGCGGGCCCCACGGGGCCUGGGCUGCGGGCCACGGACGGGCCCAGAGAUGGCGUUGGAGCUACGGUAGUUCGGUUUCUUCUUGGACCAAGAUGACUGAUGGAAACCUUUCCACCUCUAUGAAUGGUAUAGCAUUGAUGGGCAUUCUAGAUGGUCGGCCAGGAGACUCCCUUCAGGAACUGCAACACCUGAAUAUCAAGGCUCCCAAAUCCCUUUCAGUACCUGACUAUGGACCCACACUAAAACUUGGUGCUUUGGAAGAUCGACACAGCCUUCAGUCAGUGGACUCGGGCAUUCCUACCCUGGAGAUUGGCAACCCAGAGCCUGUUCCCUGCAGUGUGGUCCAUGCGAAGAGAAAGCAGUCUGAGUCAGAGAUCAUCCCUGAGCGGGCCUUCCAAAGCGCAUGCCCCCUGCCAUCCUGUGCACCCUCGGCCCCCACCUGCAGUGAGCGGGAGCAAGUUGUGCGGAAGUCUUCCACUUUUCCCAGGACAGGCUAUGACUCAGUGAAACUCUACAGCCCCACCUCUGAAGCCUUGAGCCGAAGUGACAAUGUCUCUGUCUGCAGUGUGUCUAGUCUUGGCACAGAACUGUCAACUACACUGUCGGUCAGCAAUGAGGACAUCUUGGACCUCAUGGUCACGAGCAGUUCCAGCGCCAUUGUGACCCUGGAGAAUGAUGAUGACCCACAGUUUACUGAUGUCACCUUGAGCUCCAUCAAGGAAACCAGUGACUUACACCAGCAGGAUUUUGUUACUGAGAUUGAGGAGGGGAGGAAAUCGAAACUAUUGCAACCACUCAGUCACUUCUUUACAAGGAAUUUGCUUGCUAGAAAACAAAAUGCAAGACUGGAUAGACAGAGAGACUUGGGAUGGAAGCUGUUUGGAAAAGCCCCACUCUGGGAGACUGCUCAGAAAGAGUCAAAGAAAACACAAAAGGAAUAUGAAGACAAGGCUGGAAGACCAAGCAAGCUGCCCUCUCCAAAGCAGAAUGUGAGGAAGAACCUAGAUUUUGAGCCACUGUCCACCACAGCACUCAUCCUCGAGGAUAGACCUGCAAAUCUUCCAGCAAAACCAGCUGAAGAAGCCCAAAAGCAUAGACAACAAUAUGAAGAGAUGGUGGUGCAGGCCAAGAAACGAGAGCUUAAAGAAGCCCAGCGGCGGAAGAAGCAGCUGGAGGAAAGGUGCAAGGUUGAAGAAAGCAUUGGAAACGCUGUCCUCACCUGGAAUAAUGAGAUCUUGCCUAACUGGGAGACCAUGUGGUGCUCUAAGAAGGUUCGAGACUUGUGGUGGCAGGGAAUCCCUCCGAGUGUGAGAGGCAAAGUUUGGAGCUUGGCCAUUGGCAACGAGUUGAACAUCACCCAUGAGCUCUUUGACAUCUGUCUUGCUCGAGCCAAGGAGCGGUGGCGGUCCCUCAGCACCGGAGGCUCAGAAGUGGAGAAUGAAGAUGCUGGCUUUUCAGCAGCAGACAGAGAGGCCAGUCUGGAGCUUAUUAAACUGGACAUUUCUAGAACAUUUCCUAAUCUCUGCAUUUUCCAGCAAGGUGGUCCAUAUCAUGACAUGUUGCACAGUAUUUUGGGCGCUUAUACUUGUUACCGGCCGGAUGUGGGUUAUGUUCAGGGCAUGUCCUUUAUAGCUGCAGUGUUGAUCUUGAACCUAGAUACUGCAGAUGCCUUUAUUGCUUUUUCUAAUCUUUUGAAUAAACCUUGUCAAAUGGCAUUUUUCCGAGUGGACCAUGGCCUUAUGUUGACUUACUUUGCUGCAUUUGAGGUAUUCUUUGAAGAAAACUUGCCGAAAUUGUUUGCGCAUUUCAAGAAAAACAACUUAACUGCAGACAUCUACCUAAUCGAUUGGAUCUUCACCUUGUAUAGUAAGUCCCUGCCCUUGGACUUGGCCUGCCGCAUCUGGGAUGUGUUCUGUCGAGAUGGGGAAGAAUUUCUCUUCCGCACAGCUCUGGGCAUCCUCAAGUUAUUCGAGGAUAUCCUGACCAGGAUGGACUUCAUCCACAGUGCCCAGUUUCUGACCAGGCUGCCUGAGGACCUGCCAGCAGAUGAAGUGUUCGCAGCCAUUUCCACAGUCCAGAUGCAGAGCCGGAACAAGAAGUGGGCACAGGUGCUGUCCGCGCUGCAGAAAGACAGCCGGGAAAUGGAGAAAGGAAGCCCAUCUCUCAGACACUGAGGCUCAGGGGUAACUCGCACUUGUCAUUAAAGUAGAGCUUCAGACUUAAGCCUGGGAAGAACAGGGGCUCUUUCCAUGUCGGACUUCUGAUGCUGGAGUUGGCCUUAAAACAAAACAGCUCUUAAGGAAUCACAUCCAGGCUUAGCCUUAAGCAUCUCAGUGGACCCAUGCACUGGCAUUGGUCAUGGCUAGCCCCUUCAUUUUCCAUGUGGGUUCAAGAAAAAAGCAGGCUGUCUCCUUGAUCCUUAAUUCCAGCUGCAGCUAAUUAAAUUGUGAUGCUAUUAUGCCAACUACUGGAAGAUACAUUACAAUUUUUCUUAGUCAAGAUGCAUGAGAAAGGUUAUUAGGAGACCUCAGAGCUGUUACUGGCUCAUAUGUUGGAUAAGAAAGGGAUUACUUAUUUAGUUACUGAGAUAAUCUUUCCAGAGAUGAAGGGUAUUUUUAAAUCUCCCUACCAAGGACAGUGUGAGAAAGAUGGGUUCUUGUAGGGUAGUUGCUUAUAGGCUCCUGAAAAUCCACUUGACCUUUGUGUUGACAUUUGACCCUGUUGCCUUGACACCUGAUAGCAAGAAAGCUAAAAAGUUCACAUUAGAUCCCACUUUCCAAAGUAGCACUCAUUGCAUCUUGGGAACCAUGGUGGUUGGAGCAGGGGAGCCACAUGCUGAGAAGGGAUAAAGACAGGUCCUAUAAAGAAAGGUAGGAAGGGUCUGCAAAGUUUGACCCUCUCUUACCUGCUUGUUCCUGGGGAGGCUGGGCAUAGCAUCCUCUGAAAACACCAUUGAGUAAGGAGAUGGUUUCCUUGCUUUAGCUGAAUGUCCCUUUUUGCCUUUGUCACCUGAGUAGUGGCAUUCAUUCUAAGUACCAGUGAUUCUCUCCUGUCCCCAACUGGAUUUAGAAGAUAAGCUUCACACCCUGCUUUGAGGACCGAAGAGUAAGGCAGUCUUCCAGAUUCUCAGUGUUAGGAGCCCUUCCCUGGUCCAGCUGAUUUCUCUCAGCUCAUUGGUGAGGUUGUUGUUCUAACUUUUCCUUGACUUGAGAACUUUGCAUAAGAAAUUUGAUUAUCCAGACUCACAGAAACAGUUUUUGCAUAAAGUAGGACAGUCUAGUAUCUGUGGAAACUGGUUACCUCCACUGGCACUCUGGUUCAUUAGGGUACAGGUAGGCCAGGGUUGAGAAUAUAUUUUCCAGCACAUGCCUGUGUGGUCUAUAAUCCACAGCCCUCUGCAGCCAUACCUACCACUCCCAGAAAUCACCCUUUCUAUUGUUCUAGUUUCUGAUAGCCAUUGGGGAGUCCUUGACUGACUGUAGCAUGUGGCAGGGAGACUUGCAAUGUGUUUGCAUGGGUUCCCUUCAUCUGCUAUACCUGUUGGUGAUAGUGCAGUGUAUCAGCAGGCUGUCAUAUUCAUGCUGUUCACCCAUCCCACCUCUUUCUCUUUUCUCCUGGAGUCUCAUUUGUAGUCUUGUGGCUUCUCUAGGGAGGCUACAGAGCAUCCUCCAUACAGCUCUCUGCCUUAGUGUGAAAGGCUGAUGUCUGACCUCCUGGAGGAGGAUGUCUUCACCAGCCAUCCAGUGGCCUCCAGACCCAGCCAUUCUUGACAUCAGAUACUGAAUGUAGCCCAGGCCCAGCUGGCCAUGAGAAGCGGACUACCCAGCCUUGUCUGCUGUCCUUUGCAUAUGUAUUUAGUUUUCUUCUACAACAUGGGCAUCUGUUCUCUCAAGAUGUAUAUAUUUUCUUAGUGUACAUAAAGACAUUCCUUAAGUCACACAAAGUGUUGUGACAAGGGGACUUGGGCACUUUGUUGUGAAUGUGGAAUUCUGUGUUCACAACCCAGCUCUUAACUUUUCUUGUUUGACAUAAAUCUGUGGACAUGCAUGAAGUUCUCAAACAAGACUCCAUGCCAGCUGAACACUGACUGCAUCUCUAUUCCAAACAAGUUUUCAUAGCCUGUUUGGGACUUGUGUGAGCCUGAUGUGCCCUCCUUAGAGGCUAUACAAUUCCAAGUUCCUCUACUUUGAGGGUGUCUCUCAUACUCCUGUUUUGGCAAACUGGAAAGUGACCCUGCAGAGGUCUGCACCUCCCACCUCACUUGCCAUUGACUUUCAGUACCAAACUUGAGGGUGCUGGGCAGCUGGCACUCUAGAGGGAGCUUGCAGGAGAGGCUUCCUGUCACCUCAGGAGCAGUGCUCUCUUCAAAGGUACUUCUAACUGCUCAGUUUGUGACUUUUUAAACAGUUUGCCAAUAGGAAACUCCUGGUAACACUUGCUACAUAUCAUGUUUUAAUUGCUUGUAAAGUUAAUCUUUAAUUUUGUUUAGUAAAGUGUAUCAAACUAGGACUUUUUGAAUUGUAAAUAUGUGGUUUUAUUAAAAUAAAGUCAUGCAAAAUUGUUA